AUGCAGCUCUCUGAGAUCGUCUCGUUGCUCCUUCAGAACCCAGCCAAAAUACCCCUUCUCUUUCGCCUUUAUCAGCGGUACAAGGCCCAGUCUCGGGUCGGCGGCAGGGACAAUGGUCUACCCGAUAGCAAGGAUAUGAAGCAAUGCUGGGCCUUGCUAGACUUGACCAGCAAGACCUUCGCCAAAGUCAUCAGGCAAUUACCCGGUGAUUUGCGACCUGCAGUAUGCCUGUUGUAUCUUGUUCUGCGCGCGUUGGAUACCAUAGAAGAUGAUAUGACUCUUGAUCUCGAUCAAGUCAAACUCCCUAUGCUACGCGCUUUCCACGAAAGCAUCUCCAUCGAAGGGUGGACAUUCAACGGAAGCGGACCAAAUGAAAAGGAUCGUCAACUCCUCGUCGAAUUCGAUGUUGUCGUCCGUGAACUCGCACUUACCAACGAAAUAUAUCGCGAAAUCAUAGUGAACACUUGCCAUACUAUGGGCGAUGGGAUGGCCGAUUUCUGUAGGAGACAGCGAAUCAGCGAGGAGACCGCAUCGUCAACGGUCGAAACCGUCGCUGAUCUCGAUCUAUACUGCCACUAUGUUGCGGGGGUAGUCGGGCAGGGGCUAUCGAGGCUGUUUGCCGCCAGUGGGUUGGAACGCCAUUGGCUCCGCGAUCAGGAUGUUCUUUCGAACUCUUGGGGAUUAUUUCUCCAGAAGGUCAACAUACUCCGCGAUUAUCGCGAAGAUGUGGACGACUCCAGAUGUUUCUGGCCCAAGCACUUUUGGAUCAAACACGGCUUCAAGAAGGUUGAGGACAUGUAUGAUCCUGCUCGAGAAGCCGACGCGCUGAACGUCCUCAGCGAAAUGGUCAUCGAGGCACUUAGCCACGCUGUGGAUACGUUGGAUUACUUGAACCUCCUCACACACUCCCAAAUAUUCGAAUUCGUCGCUAUUCCAGUCAUCAUGGCGAUGCUAACAGCGAAGGCUUGCUUCAUGAACCCGGCAGUAUUCCACACUGAAGUGAAACCAUCAAAACAAGAGUAUAUCCCAAUACUAGCUUGUCUCGAGGAUAUCAACGAUGUUGCGAAGUUGUUUGCGGAUUCGGCUAAUUGCAUACGGCAGCACGCUAUCCCAUCUGAUCCGAACUAUCAGCGGAUCUGCAAAUUCACCACUGAUAUCGAGAGCUGGUACCAGAAGCGUCGUCCGAAUGUCUGGACACGGGUCAUCUCCCUUCUGGGCUAA